UUCCUGUACCUCUCCUCCAUGGUUCUCGUCUUGAUCAUUGGGGACCUCCACAUUCCUCACCGAACGCAUGAUCUCCCCGCCAAGUUCAAAAAACUAUUAGUCCCCGGCAAGAUUCAGCAGAUUUUGUGCACAGGCAAUGUUUGCGACAAGGAAACCUACGAAUAUCUGCGUACUAUCUCACCCGACGUCAACGUGGUCAGAGGAGACUUCGACGAGACCUCCAAUUUCCCGCUCUCAAUAACUGUCGUUCACAAUCCAAUCAAAAUUGGUGUUAUCCAUGGCCACCAGAGCGUUCCUGUCGGCGAUCUCGACUCUUUAGAUGCCAUAGCCCGGCAAAUGGAUGUAGACGUCCUCGUUUCAGGCCAUACUCAUACCUUCCAAGCCCGCGAACACGACAAUAGAUUCUUUGUGAACCCGGGAUCCGCCACGGGUGCAUGGACAGGAGCCAUUCCGGGCGACCCAACUCCUUCGUUUGCUUUGAUGGAUAUUCAAGGACCAGCGGUUGUCACUUACGUCUACCAACUUAUUGAUGGCGAAGUGAGGGUCGAGAAGAUAGAGUGGAGAAAGGAGGAUGAUGCGCCACUACCAACCAGAAAUACUUCUCAGCCUGUUUCGAGUCCGACACCAGGUAGUCCACAGCCCGCUGGCGUUUGGUGA